AUGAACCAACCUCGGCGUCAACGCGUCUCUCAGCUUGGUUCCCGUCGGACGCGUGUCACAAGCGGAAACCGAACAAGAUGUUACACGAGUGACGACGAAAACGACGCGUCGGCCUUGCUAUGCGGCAGUAUAGAAGACUUGGGCGAAGAUGCCAAAUUUCUGCUGCAGGCUGGCGACCAUGAAGACUGUCAGAUAAUCAUGUCGAGCGCAGCCAAGCUUACGGCAAUGGAGAGGAUGAUGUUGCCAUCAAGAGUCGUCAGCAGAAUCGUCAAGGCGGACAAUAGGCUGAGGGCAAAGAGACGAGCAGUAAAGAGACGGGAAGAGAAGAAGAAGCUCCUUGCCGAACUCAAUCGGAUAAUAGCUGCCCCCCGGGGGCACACCGUUACAUGCAGGCACAGGGACCAGCUCCGUGUGAGCAGUGAGGCUUUUAAAAAGGCCCUUGAAAGCCACAAAUCUCUGGUUGAGGAACACGACGAAAAUUUGGCAAUAAUACAACUACAAAAACAGCUCCUACAACUACAAGAACAGGAAGGCGAAAGCUUGGCAACAAUACAACUAGAACAACAACUCUUACAAUCUAAAUUACAGCUCAUACAACUACGAAGACGGCUCCUGGAAUGGUUAAUAGAAGAUGGUCUAAAUAUACUGGCGUGGAAUGCCUUACCAUCUAGAGAAUAUCGAGACGCUUGGCUGGCAAAACACUUUUCCUCCGAUGUUCCAGGCAAUGGACCAUCUCCCAUUUUGUGA